AUGGCAGACCGUCAAAAAUCGACGGCCGAUUAUGACGACGAUCACUUCAGGCCAGCGAGACGGAAGCAGCAUCUGAGAAGAAGCAAAGGCGAUAGACCAUCCACAGGAAGGCGAACGCUCAAACAAGCUUUUAGGGACUACAGGGCAAAGAGAAAAAGCGCUGGCUCUCCUGUAGAGGGACAUUAUUCAAUAAGAAGAUGGAAGAACAGAAGCCGUAGAGUGGUGAAAAAUCCUGACGGAGAAGCAACUUUUCACCAGACAGCGAAGGAGGAGCCGUCACAGGUUUUGCCGGGCAUAUGUCAAGUGUCUCAACCAAUAUUGCCUCCAAAGAUACAUUAUCGCGAGCAGGCCUCCACAGAGUCGUUGCUUCUUGAAGCCGAAGAGCCCAUGCCUAGAUUGGGUGAGCCGCGAUUCGUCCCGCUGCUUUUUGAUCAGCCUGCCGCUGGCACGUCGAGAUCAAAGUCUGCUCCCGUCAAUUCACUGGAAGGCCGCAUAGAACUGGCAAGCUUCCAUGUCGCGUCACUACCUCGAGAAUUUCCACCAGCGCAGGCCGAAACUGAGUUGUUUCCAUUGAACAAUGGAGGCCACAGACAGCAGAUACAAGUAACAGACGUUACUACGACAUCUAUUUCAAGAACAGCCUCGACAGUGAGCACAAAGCUUACAACCGAGCCAAAAGCUGGAACUGACUCAGCUGGCAAUGGAGUCAUGAAAAGACUGGGAGCUUCAUUUUCGUCAUUUUUCAGCUUUGCAAUCCCAAAAAAGGUAUCCUCACAGCAUAUAUAUGAUUCGGGGGAGAAUAGCAGAGGUCUGUCCUCACCAUUUUUCAAAAGCAAGCAUUCUAUUGAAAAGGGCUUUACUCCACCUAGGGGUUCCAUUGACUACGUGGAUUAUUCGAUCUAUGGCAAUCACGCUAAGUACUUCAUAUGA